UUACCAGUUAGCUCUGACUAGAGUCUCACUCAGAACUACUUAACUAGUUGAGUGAACUCUGACUUUAACUUUAAACCUAAACUUAGUUAGUUGGAGUUUUGAUCUCGUUGUUGGGUUGAAUUUAAAGCUGGACGCUCGCGCUCGCGCUCUGGCUGGCUGGCUAGCUCGUUAGCUUCUCUGAGGUAGUUAGCAGCCAGCUAGCAGCCCGGGUCGGGAUGGACCUGGAGGACGGAGCGCUGUACCAGGAGGACCCGGCCAGCUCAGCCGGCAUGAUGUCCGAGCGGGUGUCGGGCUUGGCCAGCUCCAUCUACCGCGAGUUCGAGCGGCUGAUCGGAAAGUACGACGAGGAGGUGGUGAAGGAGCUGAUGCCGCUGGUGGUGGCGGUGCUGGAGAACCUGGACUCGGUGUUUGCGGAGAACCAGGAGCACCAGGUGGAGCUGGAGCUGCUGAAGGAGGACAACGAGCAGCUCAUCACCCAGUACGAGCGGGAGAAGGCGCUCAGGAAGGGAGUGGAGGAGAGGUAUAUAGAGUACGAGGACCUGCAGGACCAGGAGAGGAAGGACCUGCAGAACAGAGUGGUGCAGCUGGAGGCUCAAACCCGGCAGCUGGAGCUGAAAACCAAGAACUACGCAGACCAGGUUGGAAGGUUAGAGGAGAGAGAAGCUGAAAUGAAGAAGGAGUACAACGCCCUCCAUCAGAGGCACACCGAGAUGAUCCACAGCUACAUGGAACACUUGGAACGUACCAAGGCGCAGCAGCAUGCGGGAGGAGAAGCUACAGAGACAGGGACUCUAGGCAGACACAGGAAGGAGCGCCCCGUAUCUUUAGGGAUUUUCUCUCUGGGGAGCGGAGACGUCAGGACCCCCGACCCCCAGAGGGAGCAGGCGGAGAGUCCGGGGACCGACACGUGGAGGUACAACGACCUGAGCCACCCGCGCUCCAACACCAGCCUCAGGGAUGAACUCUCAGAAGCGAAUCGCGGCGGCUCCGACUCCGCUACCCCGAUGUCCAGCGCCACCUCAGACGCUGCCUUGACGUCGGCAGACGUGACUCGGACCGGGGCGGCGCAGGGACUGGACAGGAACUUGAACUCCAGCAGUAGAAAGCCGGACAGCAGUAAGGACAUUUCAGCUGUACAGGAGGCUGGAGCGACAACGACGCCUCCUACAGAUCUGAUGGAGAGCCCGGAGAAGUCUGAGGUGCAGGCGAUUAUCGAGUCCACCCCUGAACUGGACAUGGACCUGAGCGGCCUCAAAGUGUCCAGCACCCCCACUAAGGGUUUUGAGAACGUGGUUUUGGAGCGGAACACCGACUCCCUGUUUGAGGAGCUCUCCUCAGCAGGCACCGACCUGAUUGGAGACGUGGACGAGGGCGCGGAUUUACUGGGUAUGGGACGGGAGGUGGAGCAUCUCAUCCAGGAGAACACUCAGCUUCUGGAGACCAAGAACGCUCUUAACGCGGCGAAGAACGAGCUGAUCGGUCGAGUGGACGAGCUGACCUGUGAGAAGGAGGCUCUGCGGGGCGAGAUGAAAGUGCUCAGACGGACCAGAGACAGACUGCAGGACAAGAACAAGGAGCUGGAGGAGGAGAUUAAAAAGGUGCGGGCGGAGCUGGAGGUGGCCAAACGGCGGACCAAAGAGGAAGACGAAAGUGACGUUCCUACAGCCCAGCGGAAGAGGUUCACACGGGUGGAGAUGGCCAGAGUGCUGAUGGAACGAAACCAGUACAAGGAGAGACUGAUGGAGCUGCAGGAAGCCGUCAGGUGGACCGAGAUGAUCCGGGCCUCGAGGGAGAACCCCGCCCUGACCGAGAAGAAGAAAUCCAGUAUCUGGCAAUUUUUCAGCAGACUCUUCAGCUCGUCCUCCAGCGCCGCCGCCAAGAAACCAGAGGCGCCGGUAAACCUCAAGUACAACGCCCCCACCUCACACGUCGUGCCCUCCGUCAAGAAGAGAAGCAGCACCCUCGCCCAGCUGCCCAGCGACAAGUCCAAAGCUUUCGACUUCCUGAAUGAAGAGCCGGGGGUGGAGAACACCGUGUCCCGUCGGGAGCAGAAGAGAGCUCAGUACCAGCAGGUGAAGGCUCACGUACAGAAGGAGGACGGUCGGGUUCAGGCCUGUGGCUGGAGUCUCCCUCACAAAUACAAGGCUUCGAAUGGAGACAGCAGGACGAGGAAUCUCCCUGUUCCGGUGUACCUCCGACCUGUAGAUGAAAAAGAUGCUUCUAUGAAGCUGUGGUGUGCUGCAGGAGUGAAUCUAUCAGGAGGGAAGACCCGUGAUGGAGGCUCUAUAGUUGGAGCCAGUGUGUUUUAUAAGGAUGUUUCGGGUGUGGAGGGCGCCGGCCUGAACCCCCGACCAAAGAGAGGCUCUCAGAGCAGCCUGGACCGACUGGAGCAGGAACUGAAGGACCAGGAGAAGGAGCUGAGGCAUCAGGACGAGCUCUCCAGCCUGGUGUGGAUCUGCACCACCACCCACGCCACCUCCAAGGUCAUCGUGAUCGACGCCAACCAGCCCGGGAAGAUCCUGGAGAACUUCUUGGUCUGCGGCUCCCACGUCCUGUGCAUCGCCAGCGUCCCAGGUGCCCGGGAGACGGACUACCCGGCUGGUGAAGAGGUGCCCGCGAACGCCGAGGGGGCGUGUCGGAGUGGCACGGCAGCACAAAACAGCUCCGGCGAGGGUUCUGAGGGUGUGCUGGGUGGCAUCACUGUGGUCGGGUGCUCUGUCGAAGGAGCCGUCGCCGUCGCCCGAACCGCCGGCGCGGACGACGUGCAGAACGCGACCAGGGUUCCUGGGCGGGGCGGAGCGGGCGUGGCCGAGGAGGCUCUGGAGGCCAUGGAGAGCGGCAGCGCCUCACCCGGAGAGGAGAACCAGACCGGCAUCUACACCGAGCACGUCUUCACCGACCCUCUAGGUGUCAGUAGCACCGGAGACACCCUGUACACGCAGAGGGAAUACGAUCUGGUGAAGGACGGCGUGAGCUCGGUGCCUGACGAACAGGACCCGGUGAGGGAGGAGGCGAACAAAAUGAGCAGCGUCCUGCCCACCAUGUGGCUCGGUGCUCAGAACGGCUGCGUGUACGUGCACUCCUCGGUGGCGCAGUGGAGGAAAUGUCUUCACUCCAUAAAGCUGAAGGAUUCGGUGCUGGGGAUCGUACACGUGAAGGGAAGAGUUUUGGUGGCGCUGGCUGACGGCACUCUGGCCAUCUUUCACAGAGGAGAAGACGGUCAGUGGGAUCUGACCAACUACCACCUGCUGGAUAUGGGCCGGCCGCAUCACUCCAUCCGCUGCAUGACGGUGGUGCAUGAUAAAGUCUGGUGUGGCUACAGGAACAAGAUCUACGUCAUCCAGCCCAAAGCCAUGAAGAUAGAGAAGUCCUUCGACGCCCACCCCCGCAAGGAGAGCCAGGUCAGGCAGCUAGCGUGGGACGGGGACGGCAUCUGGGUGUCCAUACGUCUGGAUUCCACCCUGAGACUCUUCCACGCUCACACCUAUCAGCACCUGCAGGACGUGGAUAUAGAGCCGUACGUCAGCAAGAUGCUGGGUACUGGGAAGCUGGGUUUUUCCUUCGUGAGGAUCACGGCGCUGAUGGUGUCGUGCAGCCGGCUGUGGGUGGGCACAGGAAACGGCGUCAUCAUUUCUAUACCACUAACAGAGACGAAGAAAGUGACUCAGGCAGCGUCCAGCCGUCCGGGCGGCGUGAUCCGCGUGUACGGUGACCACACGAGCGAUAAAGUAACUGCAGGAACCUUCGUCCCGUUCUGCUCCAUGGCUCACGCUCAGCUCUGCUUCCACGGCCACCGGGACGCCGUCAAGUUCUUCACCGCUGUUCCAGGUCAAGUCCUCCCGUCUGUGGGGUCAGGAGGUGAAGCGGGCGGCGACAAGCCAGCGGGAGACUCGGCCACGCCCGACUUCUGUAAAUCUGUGCUGGUGAUGAGCGGCGGAGAGGGUUACAUCGACUUCAGGAUGGGUGAUGAGGCGGGUGAGGGUGAGAACCUGAAUGAACCCACUCUGAACCUGCAGCCCUUUCUGGCUCAAGCUGAGCGCAGUCACCUGAUCGUGUGGCAGGUUCUGCUCAACGACGACUGAGUUCCACUCCAAACCCAAACCAAACUGAACCCGUCCAGCAUCACCAGCAGAGAGAGUGAGAGAGAGAGAGAGAGAGAGAGAGAGAGAGAGUGAGAGAGAGUGAGAGAGAGAGAGAGAGAGAGAGAGUGAGAGAGAGUGAGAGAGAGAGAGUGAGAGAGAGAGAGAGAGAGAGAGAGAGAGUGAGAGAGAGAGAGAGAGAGUGAGAGUGAGAGUGAGAGAGAGUGAGAGAGAGAGUGAGAGAGUGAGAGAGAGAGUGAGAGAGUGAGAGAGAGAGAGAGAGUGAGAGAGAGUGAGAGAGAGAGUGAGAGGGAGAGAGGGGGUUAAACGCUCAUCUGCUCCUGUUUCUGUUCUACCUUUGAUUUAAACGAUUCCUUUUUUCCCGUCACUGUCGUCGCGUCCAGCUUUCAGAAGGUUGCGUUUGAACUUUUGCACGUUUGCUGCGGUCAGGGUUCGCGGGUGUUUCAGCUUGCAGCAGCGUCCACGCUAAUGAAGCGGCUCUGAUAAACGAGGACAAUCCCAUUUUUGCUUUUUUUUUGGCUCAUCGUGUUCACGAGGCGGCGCUGUGCCGCGGUUCCCUCAGUGUAUGAUGAGGCGCGAGUGGUUCGAGGGUGUUCGCACAGAUGAAAGCACCUUCUGCAGGUCGGCCGCACGUUCCGGGGCCUGAUGUGUUCCGGGGCGCUGCUCCUCUGAUCUUCCUGGUUUGAUCUGAAAUGCUUUUGCAUGGUGUCGUUUCAUAAGUGCACACUGCAGAGUGAAUUUAUUCUUCUACACCGAUGUUCCAUCUACCAAAGGAAUUAAAACACUGAAACGUUUUACCAUUAGGCCAACGGACGGAACGGAAUACGACACUAGAAUGUUAUGCAGUAUGAUAAGGAUCAUGGAUCAUGUGUUCAGGCCUGAACGACCUUCUGCUCUUGGUUUGGUUUAGUUAUAAAAGCGCCUUCCUGACUAGAUCCUCACGUAUUCGGAGACUAAACAGCUAUUUUUAUGCCUCUUUUUUUACCUUUUAGUCUCUGUAGUGCAGCCGGUCAGCUGAUGUUCUGCGCUAGACUAGUGGUGGGUGCACCGGAGGGUGCGCAGGUCCUCGUCGUCUCCCCUGGGCGAGCGAAUGGCUUCACGUUUAGCAACUUCAGCCAGCGCAGUAUUUAUUUCCCUGAACGAGCCUCUGCAGUAAGAAUGUAACUUUUGUAUAUUCUAUAUAAAUAUAUAUAUAAAUAUUAAGUAUAAUUAUGUACAUGAACACAGACGCGUGGAUUUAUCUUUCUAUAGAGCGUUAGCUGUAGCUACUUUUAACAAUCCUCCUAUAGCAGAGCGGACCGUUCCGUUUAUCUAUGCACUGUUUUAUAUAGGAGAGCUGGACCGUGUGUGUGUGUGUGUGUGUGUGUGUGUGUGUGUGUGUGUGUGUGUGUGUGUGUUUGAAGAGCUGGAUGUACCAUGCAAUCCCAUAAUCCUCCAGAUGAAAGCACUGUUGCCGGUGCAUGUAAAGCUGGUACAGAUCCGUCCCAGCGUCUCCGCCGAACACUUUUCUAACAUCUAAUAAACUCGUUUUGGGAAACA